CCCUGAAUCCCUGAAUCCCUGAAUCCCUGAAUCCCUGAAUCUCUCCAUCCCUGGAUCCUGCACCCGCGUCAUCGCACUGCAAGCCUCCCCACCCACACUCACAAGCGCACGCUAUGUACCAACGAUGUCAUGGCCGUCUGAUCUUGCUCGCUCCAUUAACGGAGUGGAGCGGGAGCCAUCAUUCUGCCGACCUACCUACCUAUGAAACUUCUUCCUUUCCGACUGGGUCACCGGGGUACGUACCCAAUGUAGAGCCUCUGAGCCGAUCAAUGGGAGAGAAGAUAGAUUCCCCCUCGCAUCUCGUAAGGAACGGGGUGUCCUAUUGUGCCAACGCUCCCUCCACCAGUUCCAGGAGAAUUAAUAGAACUCUGAAACGACAGGCGCGUCCAUCACAAUGGCGCUACCGUCCAUCCCGCGCGCCCAUCCUCCUCGCCGCGGUCUACGGUUGCCGGGUUCUGGACGCUCCGAGCCCAGCCCGCCGGCCCAGUGGGGAGACGGUUGAUGACAGUGACAGUAGGCGACGCCGCCGGCACGGUGCCGCUACUUGGGGCACGCCAGCCCGAGGACCAAGAUCUCAAGCGGCGACCCCUAGGCAUCCGCCACAUGCUGUACGUCUGUAUGUGCACCGGUGGUAUCGUUGGGUUGGUCUUCGCUUCACAGACCACAUUGGGACGAUCGAUCUGCUACGUACAGGAACCGAAAGAAGUUGACUAUAGAUAUCGGAGGUGUGCGACGAUGGCAUUCGUAUUUGAUCCGAUCAAAGGGGGCAGAGGAGGGAUAUGUCCGUUUCAAACCCCAUGGCGAUAUGGGCGCUCACCGGCCCGCAGGCAAAUGGUGCUAGGAAGAGCAAUCCCUCAACACGAGAUUGCACGUUUGCCCGUAUCCAGCCCCACUGGCAUACACUUGGUCGAGUCGUGCUGGGCCCGCGAGGGCACAACAUACCGACGGCGGGGCCUCAACAUGCUCCGUACAGUGUGAACUACGUCACCCUUCCCCACACAAACGGUCUGCGCUCCUCGAGGUACGUACCGCAGUUAGCGGCUGGCGUUUUGAAAGAUCCCUGGACAACG